CUGAGCUCCAUUCCAGGACCACAUUGAUUUUUUUCCCACCAAUAAGAAGGAACAAGCUGUUUCUGCCCCCACAUUAAAGAAAGAUGCAUUUAUUUCGUCUACUGUCCAUCUCCUUCUCUGGAGACAACGCACAACAAUCAUCGUAAGAUCCCACCAGAAGUGGACUACCAAUCCAAAACACCUCUCCAAGUUGAUCUUUUUCACAAGAUUUUGCUUUCCACAAAUAUUGACUUCCCGGAUCGAGGAUAAGCACCUCUGUUUGUUUCAGCCAAAAACAAUUCCGGACCAAGUAUGACAGCUGCAGUAACAAGAAUUUCCCCCCCCUCGUCCCGCACCAGCUGCCCGAGAAAAGUUUUAUCAACCUACGCCACCCGAGCCCAGCGACAGUUCCUGAGCAGUACAGCAUUAAAUCAGGCAAGCGCAAGGCGUCCGUCGCUCGCCUGGAACUUUUGCUACAGGAGAGAGGUGGGGGCUCCUGCAUCACCACAGCGUGGAAAUAACGGAGUUGACCUCCAAGAACCUCCGUAUCUCCUCGUCCGACUGCACCACGAUCCGGAUUUUCUUUCAGCCUCUUGGUUCUCGUCUUGGCACGACGGCGCAAAUUCUGCAGUAGAAGGACCUGCAACGGCGUCGUCGAACGACCUGGCGUCGUCAUCGACCUCAGUUCCCCAGUGGCGCGCCGGCCAGUUGGACCAAAUUCUAGAAUUCUCCCGGUCAAAUAAAAAAACUGCUACCCACAAUUUUUACCUCGUGACUUCUGCCAACGAGGCGCUGCUCGGCACCGCGUUUCCCUAUUUCCCCCGUGGCGGGUUCCGAAACAAGGCGGGGCAGCAGGAAUGGCCCAAGGACUGGCAGAAAUCCUCGCACUGGUGCGGCAUGGAGAGCGGUAACGGCAUGGUGUAUCCCGAGCAAGCGGUGGACGGGUUAGUCCACCGGACGUUUGGUUCGGCUGGUCUGGAAAAAGAACUGGAACGAGCUCGCGAGUUUUUGACCGUGGAACGGGAGCGGAUUGAGUCGGAUUUGGAGUUGGAGAGGGAAAAGGAGCAGGAAAAAAAGGACAGGGAACAAGAAGCGGGCAUUUCCUCUGGUAUAACAAGCUCCGGUGUGCGAACUUCAGCUGCCGAUGUUGAUCCCAGUUCGCAAAGUAGAAGCACCUUCAUCAAGGCGACAACCUUGUACCUCAACGCGGUCACGAGAAUGAUGAGCUUUUUGCUAAGUGCCAGCAACUUGACGGUGCCAGCAGAGAGAAAUCGGGGGAAAAGUGGGGGAAAACCAGGCGGAAGCACCAGGGUAAAUGGCAAGAACACGGCUGCCGGCCUGGAGAGCGAAGCAGCGCAGUUUCGCCUCUGUCCACCGGGAAACUUCGUCGUCACGGACAUGGGAAGGCACGAAAUGACAGAACAAGUUGGUGAAAGCCAAACUCCUACUUCCCCAUUUUCCAAACUCGUGCACGCUGUCGCGCCGUACUAUGAUGGAAAGAGAGCGAGCCACGACAGCGCGCACAAACUUUCGGAACCGAAGAUUAAUGAUAAUGGAGCCGCAGCUUCCUGGGAAACGACGUUGAAACUUUGCUACUCGAACAUGAUCCGGAAAAUCCUCUUUAGAGACGUGUUUUUCGAGUUGCCCAGAUCAAGUACUGAGAAUUUUCGACCUGAAAUGCAGCAGUCCAGCCUUUCCGACCAGGCGCUCGAACUCUCCAUAGAUCGAUGGAACGAUAAGCACUUGCUGAAUAAAGGCAAAGCAGGAGCGCAGAACACAGCUUCUGCUGAAAAUAUCAAAGUUAGACCCCUCAUCGCACUGUUCACGCCAUUACUCGGAACGGGUGUGAAGGCCGUUCCUGUGAAGGAGGGCGCACGCUUAGCGGCAGAAGCGAUCGCGGAGUUCCAACCACCCAAGUACGUUUUCACGGCGAUAUGUGACGAAAGUGGUACCGUCGACGGGAGCACUUCAGAAUCGGGAUCCACAAGAAGCACGGAGACUUUACUUCUGCGAGAGUUGAAUUUUGUCACCAAUGACGCGGAAAAAUUUGACGUCUGCGCAAGCGCGUUUCGAGAAGUGUUUCAGGAAAAAGAAAAAAACUUUCUUGAAGAUAAUAAUGAUGGCGCUGCUACUUUUGCGACAGAAACAAAAAUUUCGAUUGUUGAAGGAAAAGCGUAAUUUUUCUGUGGGAGUCGACGAACUCGUUCGCUGGUAUAGGCAAGAAACCACGAAGACAUUUGUGGAGAUUUCUUUGUACAAUCUUGGGACCACCGUGUAACGAUUUUAGAAUUUUUUUUCAAUACGAAGCUGAACUUGAACUGGAGCAAGAGAAACCAAAACACGCGAUGUAAUCCGUGCAAGAAAGCCUCUGGCGUUUUGCUUUUGUCACUCACAACAAAGCGACGUGUUUGACUUGAUUGUAGGCGCGCCUUUGUUCUUUAGGAGAAAAACAACAUUAUUGCGCUUCCGAGCAAACACUUCCAGAUUUUCUGAUGAAGUUUCCCAUUGAAAUAACAGAAACAUCAGAUUGUAAAUGACGGAGCGCUCCGAGGAAGCCGCGCUGCUCGUCGCUUUCUCGCAGAUGUCGACGCGUGACGAGAGUUGCAAAGCCGCGAGCUAUACCGACGGCGCAAUACAAACUGUCCGCCCACAAGUACUUUCCCUCUGUCGUCGGUGCAAGAAGGAGUUCGUUGUGGCGCAGAACAGCGAUUCUGCGUGCGUGUUCCACUCGGAAAGCUACACGCAGGAGACGGCGCAGCGCUGGCUGGAGCCGGGGACGACGGAGAACGGGUCGCGCACCGAAAGUUUCUGGACCUGCUGUGGAAAAAAGGACAUUGAUGCGGAGGGGUGCUGCAGGAAGAGGCACAUCUCCUACGACGAUCCGGAUGAUUGAAAUGGGUGCGGAAUGAGGAAGAGUAGACGAAAAAAAAAAAUUGCUGCAGCGCGAUUGUUUUUGUGCGAAUCAUGACAGUUGGAUGGAUACUAAAAUCAAUCAAAAAACGCUACUCGUUGUUGAACAGAAGGAUGAACUCGAAGCAGGACCCAAGGCAUUGUCCAGUACCUACUGGUUGGCAUGGAAAAAUUCCGAAGUG